UUGCUCGGGGCUGCAGUGCGGCUGCGCUGAGCUGAUGGCGCUGACGGUGAGUGAGCAGUGGGUCCGCCAGAGAGUGGGUCUGGAGCAGCACAACCUGGUGGAUGUGCGAUCCCUAAAUCUACCGGGAAAUUAUCAAGAAAAGAUCACAAAUCUGGGAAAUUCCCUUAAGAGCUUUGUACGUUUGAAGUCACUCGACCUUUCUCGGAAUGCUUUGGUUACAUUGCAGGGGAUUGAGCAGUUGAAACAUUUGGAAAAACUAAAUUUGUAUUAUAAUAAAAUACCUAGUCUGAAAGAGGUAUUUUGCAUCCGUAACUUGACCGCCCUGAAGGACUUGGAUCUUAGACUGAAUCCUGUUUCCAAAAACGAAGCAGACUAUCGGCUUUUUGUUGUCCACAUGCUGCCCAAUCUUAGAAGAUUAGACGAUCGGCCAGUUAGAGACAGUGAGCGCAAAGCGGCGUUGAUGCACUUCUGCUCUGAUCAGGCCUAUGAGUUCCAUGAUCCUCUUGUCCUGGAACUGGAAACCGAAAGGCAAGGCCACCCAAGAGCAGCUUUUGUAAGCUCGUUGGCAAAGAAAUGUUCAGCACUUGAUGCGGACGAUGAAGCUGUGCUGAACCUCAUUUCAAAGUGUAACUGGGACCUGAAUAAACCGUGUGUCAUCACAGGUUCUGCCAAAAAUAUUCCUGAUGCUGAUAUGCACACUUUGCAAGAUAUCCGUGACAUUGACAAUGCAUCAAGUUUUUCUGGCGACCAGGAACCAACCCUAAGAACCUCCUCACAGCAGAACAGGCCACAACCACUCAACAUUCCUAAGGCAACUGCGAGUUCACAAAAGAGACAUUGUGUGGAAUUUCAGGACUUCAGUGAAGAGGCCCUUCACCGAGGAAAGGAUGGAAUUAGAGUAACGUUUGCUGACGAAAUGCCCCGAGAUCUCACUCCAGCAGAUCCCAAUUUAAAAUUUCAGGAUGAAGCUGAGGCCUAUCACAGGAUCACAUCUUAUGCACACUUCACACCACAUCCAGGCUCAUCAGAGACUGUUCUACCAAAAACUACAUAUCCCUCCUCACAAGGACAUCAGCAUCACAAAUCAGCAGUACCUUUUCCUUAUGUAGGUACUUUGUCGGCAGCUGAGAUUAAUGGGCAGAAUCAGGAGAUGAAUGGCCAACCAUCCUUGCAACCCCACAAUUCCUCUUCAGCCAUUCAAUCUAAACAGCCUGUUAUUGUCUGUACAGCAAGCUCCCGACAGGAUAAAUCAGAAGAUCAAAAUCUCAAAAAGCAAUUUCUCCCUCAAAGGACUUUUAGUCACGAUCACUUUAGUGGCACACAUGACAGAACCAGAGAGGCAGUUCAUCCAGCAACCAGUGAGGUUUCAGCUGAUACAAAUGCAACCCUCAAUCCAACUCUCAUGGAACAUUUUCUAGACCUAGUUGACAAAUACUGGAAUGGAUUUAAAUCUCUUCAUUGCAAUGAAACAUUUCUAAACCAGGCAAGGAUUAUUUGGUCCGCCAUGCUGGAUGGGUUACAGCCACAAAGUGAACCAAAAAGUGACUUUAAAUUGCAAGAACAAGUGAGCCAUUUAAAAGAGAAGAAUGAGGCUUUGCAAGCAAGUCUUUCCCACCAGGAGCAACAUCAUAGUGAGAACCUACAAAAGCUGAGAGUGCAAUUCAUGGAAGCUGAAAAAGACGUGGAAAUGCUAAGGGAUCGUUUAACCAGAACUUUGGAAGAGAAAAAUAUUUUACAGAACCAUGUGAUAAAACUGGAACACAAAGUGCUGAAUGUUUCCAAUUCCUCUAACCAACAUCUCGAAGAGUUACAGAGCCACAACCAAAAUCUGCAAAGUGAAAUUGAGAAUCUGAAGGAGAAGCUGCAGUGUUGCAGCCAAAUCCAAGAACUGACUCAGAUGCUGCAGGAGAGCCACAGGACGCUUGUAUCCACAAAUGAGCACUUGCUGAGAGAACUGAAUGAAACACGAUCCCGACACAAAGCUGAAGUAGACCAGCUGCAUUGGAGCUACAUUCAGCUAAAAAAAUCCAUACAGGUCUCCCCCACAGCCUCAUCCGGCUUAGAUCAGCAUCACACAGAGACAUGAGAAACUACAUACAGAUCUGAGAUUGGAGCCACUGAAAAAGAGCACAUCUGUGAAAUGGCAGAAGAGGAAACAAAGCUAAUUCUGGAUAACACCACCUGUUUCACUGAAAGCACUUACCUUCCGAUGUGCCAAAUCAAUGCAGUUUUGCACCCUGUUUCUAGAGAUGAGAUUUGACAGUCUAAUAUUUUGUAAUUGGAAAAGUUCCAAGAGACUAAAAUGUAAUUUUAUAAUAUUUUUCUUCCAUUGUUGGAUUAUUAUUAUUAUUAUUCCAUUAUUGUCAUUGGAGUUAGUUUCUCGAAUGCACUGGAUCCUGAAGUUUUAAAAUGAGUAAUUUUGUCAGUAUGUUUGCCAAAAGAAGCCUGUAACAAAGUUUGAUUUCUUUAACAUAGCUUCUGUCUAUAUAUGUUCAAAGUCAAUCUAUGGGUCUGAAGUACACAAGCACUAAACAUUUCCUCGCUAUCCCUUCCUCAAACAGUUUAUCACUGUCUAUCCCACAACAAUUUGUGUUUAUGCUGCUUAAGCGAAUGAUAAGCCUAUAACAAUGCUAUUGAAUUUUUCAGUAGAUGUAUAAGAAUCAAUUCAAAUUUGGAAAUCUGUUUCUAUUGUCGGCUAUUGUACAGAAGCUGUAUUCUUCACCUCAUGACAUGGGCAUGUUUCACUCUCAAAAAGUAGUGUG